CUUAUCUAGCUCAGACUAUGGAGAUAACAGAUGGAAUUGUUCCUAAACAUGUUUACAAAGACAAGACUUACCGUGCGUAAACAGGAUUGUUGUUCGUGUUCACAACGACAUUGAUCUUCAUGGAUUCCUUAAACCAAGGGGUAGAUUCGACUUCAUCGAUUCGGUGAAUGAUUUUCCGAGUAUAAACAUGACGCAUUGAACUGAACUUUAACACAAAGAUGUCAUCCUCUGAUGUUGUUCUUAAGGCUGGACAGAAACUUUCGUCGCCUCAAAGAUAUCUUCGCAAAGCAGCGUUCAAUCUCUCUCGCCGAAUGAAGUUGACUUUACGUGUUUUUGUCAUGCUUCAAAUUUCUGUUGGUGUUAUAUGCUUGUAUAAGACUAUUACAUUGUCUUCAUAUACAAACGACAAGAAUAUAGUCACAGGUAACAAAUACGACAAGAAAAACAGGAAUAUCAGGGAAUUUACACAAAGUAGAAUUGGAAAUACAGCUCCUUUGAAUAAUAUUCAACCAACAAGAAAACCCCUUCCAUUGUGUCCGAAAACUCCACCCGGACUUCUUGGGAAGGUAAAACUAGACUUUUCCAAUUACGAAAUGGAACAAGUCGAGAAAAAUUAUAAAUCCCUUCAAAAUGGCGGCCGAUUCAAACCACGAUCAUGCAUUGCACGACACCGAGUUGCCAUCAUCAUCCCUUACCGGAACCGGAAGGAACAUUUGAUAAAGCUGAUGAACAACCUGCAUAGUAUUCUCCAGCGACAGCAGUUGGACUACGGCAUUUACGUCAUCGAGGUGGCCCCGAUGUCGGACUUUAACAGGGCGCUUUCUCUCAACAUCGGGUUCCAGGAGGCGAGUCGUGAGUACGAUUACCAAUGCUUCAUCUUCCAUGACGUAGACUUACUUCCGGAAAACGACAGGAACAUGUACACGUGCCCCACAGACCCACGUCACAUGUCCGUAGCUGUUGAUAGAUUGAAAUAUAAGUUACCAUACGCCACCAUCUUCGGCGGAGUUGUAGCGAUGACGAAAGAACAUUUUCUAACAGUAAAUGGUUUUUCAAAUAAAUUCUUUGGCUGGGGUGGCGAAGACGACGACAUGUACAAAAGGAUCAAUUAUACACAUUUAAAUAUAACCCGAUACAAACCAAAGAUAGCAAGGUACCGGAUGUUGGCACACCGGAAAGACUCGUCCGUAAAUACUGAGAGAUUUUACUUGCUGAGACACACAAAUGAUACCUGGCGGACUGAUGGACUGAACUCGCUAACGUACAGACACAUAAAGACAGAUCGUCAUAGACUGUUUACGUACGUACUGGUGGAUAUCGACCCCGCCCACCCCGCCUACUACACUGACCGGUUAAAGAUUGUCGAUGAAUCUAUUAGAAAAAUGAGAGAAGACUUCAAUAAAAGCAAAGAAAAUGACUUGUCUACGGAGAGCACGGGAGCUAACUCGUCUUUAGCGAGCAAGGGAGUUAACUCAUCUCGUCUUGUUGUGGCGCGUAGUGAACAGAACAUGCGCACUCUGAUGCCAAACCAGUCCAUCAAUAGUACAACUGGUACUUUGAUUACAGACAAGCCAAAGCACCUAGGGGCCUUGCAUCCAAUACAGCAGUUUAUGCUAUCUUUAAAAGAGUUGUUAACUGAUAAAAAAGAAGAGGACAUUAAUUCGAUUUCUGAUAAAGAGUUAGCGUCGUUUGUUCGAGUUUACGUAAACAACUUGAGAAAAGCUGGAUUUUCAAUUAACAAUGAAUUACAUUUUAAAAAGGAUACAGUUAUAAAAACAAAAUCAGACACAAAGCCAAAAUUGGAUAAAAUUGUUAAAUAUAUCAAUGCAAAUAAAAAAUGGUGA